AGUCAGAGGAAGUGACGUAGCGCAGUGGUUGCCGUUGGCCUCGUGUGUUGGAGCUGAGUCUCGAGUGUCGGUCUCUGUGAAGAUGAAACUUCAGGACCAAGUGAUAAAGCCCAAAUCAAGACGGGCAAAACGAUUUCUUGAAAACCGAGCACCCAAACUCAUUGAAAAUAUCAAGAAUGCCAUGCUCAUCAAGGGAGGCAACACCAAUGAAACGGUGACCCAGGCUCUGAAAGAUAUAUAUGCUCUUAAGAAGCCAAAUGCAGUCCUUUAUAAGAAAAAGAAUAUUACUCGGCCUUUUGAAGAUCAAACCUCAUUGGAAUUUUUUUAAAAGUCUGAUUGUUCUUUAUUUGCGUUUGGCUCUCACAAUAAAAAGCGACCGAACAAUUUGAUAAUAGGGCGCAUGUUUGAUUAUCAUGUUCUAGAUAUGAUUGAGCUGGGGAUUGAGAAGUUUGUUGGUUUGAAAGACUUUAAGAACAGCAAGUCGCCAGAGGGGACCAAACCUAUGCUGAUUUUUGCAGGUGAUGAUUUUGAAACGGACAAUGAUCACAGGAGGUUAAAAAGCCUCCUUCUUGAUUUCUUCCGAGGCCCUACGGUACACAAUGUUCGUUUGGGUGGCCUGGAACUCGUCGUUCAAUUCACAGCUUUGAAUGGAAAGAUCUUCAUGCGGAGUUACAAGGUAUUGAUGAAGAAAUCAGGCUGCAGAAUCCCUAGGAUAGAGCUGGAAGAAAUGGGACCCUCAUUUAAUUUUGUGCUGAGAAGAACACACUUAGCAUCUGAUGACCUCUACAAAAAGGCCCUUAAACAACCAAAGGCUCUUAAGGCUAAGAAAAAGAAGAACAUUUCCCAAGAUGUGUUUGGUACAACAUACGGUCGAAUCCAUAUGCAGAAGCAAGACCUCAGCAAACUGCAAACAAGAAAAUUGAAAGGACUGAAAAAAAGGAAGGGAGAAAAGGAUGCUGGGGAUGGCGCGAUGGAGAGUAACUUGAAGAAAGCAAAAGUAGAGUGAAGAGACGAUUGCAAAAUGGAAGGAAUCUGGGAUUUUCUGCAACUAUAUCUUGUUGAUACAAAGCUGACUGUUUAUCAUCUGUAAACAACUGUUGGAUAUCUAAAAUACCAGUCAACCUGUUGACUAAAAUAGACCCACUAGUUUUGUCAUCAUGUAGGCUUAAUGAGGAUAGUGUUUCUGAGAAAAAGGGGGAUUUUUCCCCCCCUCCUAAUUGUAUUGAAUACAGGAUUCUGAAAAUAAUUUUCUAAGGACUGUUUAUAUUUGGCAAAAAACUUAUCACAUUUUGUGAUGCUCCUUUUGAACAUGGCCAUGCAGUAGACACCUUAAAUACUUUUAUAUACUUGCAAUGAUAUUGCUUAUUGCCUGCAUCUCCCUCCAAAGGCCAUAUAAAAUUUGUUCUCAAUUUAGAGGACAUUUGGAAUAUAUAUCAAGUUCAUUCCAUGAGUUAGGAAAACCUGAACUUUUGUAUGAUGGAUCAAAAGUAUAAAAGUGUCCCUGUUUGUUCAACACAUGAAAUAAAUAUUGUUUAUUAA